AUGUUCCCAGAUGUGCUACAACAUCUUCAUCGUGGAGACGGUGUGCGUGGCCUGGUUCUCGCUGGAGUUCACCUUGCGCUUCAUCCAGGACCGCAGCAAGCUGGCGUUCCUCCGGCACCCCCUGAACCUGAUCGACGUGGUGGCCAUCCUGCCCUACUACAUCACCCUGGUGGUGGACAGCACCUCCAAAGGGGAGAAGAAGCUGGGCUCUGGGAACAGCUACCUGGACAAAGUGGGCUUGGUGCUGCGCGUCCUGAGGGCGCUGCGCAUCCUGUACGUGAUGCGGCUGGCGCGCCACUCUCUGGGCCUGCAGACUCUGGGGCUGACGGCCCGGCGCUGCACCCGGGAGUUUGGACUGCUGCUGCUCUUCCUGUGUGUGGCCAUCGCACUGUACUCCCCCUUACUGUACUUGAUUGAGAAUGAAAUGGCCGCAACGCAGGAGUUCACCAGCAUCCCUGCGACCUACUGGUGGGCCGUCAUCACCAUGACCACAGUGGGGUACGGGGACAUGGUGCCACGGAGCAUCCCGGGACAGGUGGUGGCUCUGAGCAGCAUCCUGAGCGGGAUCCUCCUCAUGGCGUUCCCCGUCACCUCCAUCUUCCACACCUUCUCCAGGUCCUACGUGGAGCUGAAGCAGGAGCAGCAGAGGGUUCUGCAGCGGAGGACUCACUUCCUGCUGAGGGGCCGCAUGGCCGGCCUCGGCAGCAACCUCUCCUUAGAGAAUGACAUGAGGUUUCCUAUAAGGUCGUCUGACAGGCACGACUGAUUGAACAAUUUAAACGUUGACUUUAACUAGAUGUUACAUGUCAACAGAUUACACAUAAUAGUAUUAGGUUAGUUGAACACAA